GUAGCAAUUCGAAACAUCUAAAAUUCUUUCAUUCAAGUGUUUUGUUAGUGACACAUACACGAAGCUAGUAAAUAAUGGCCAAGUCAAAGAAUCACACAGCCCACAACCAAAACCGCAAGGAUCACCGUAAUGGAAUCAAGAAGCCAAAGCGCUCCAGGCACGAAUCUACCUUGGGUAUGGAUGCUAAAUUCUUGAAGAACCAGAAGUUCUGCAAGAAGCACAACCUGAAGCCCGCUCAACAACUCAAGCGCGCUAUUGCCAGGAAAGCCGCCAAGGACUCCAAGAAAUAGAUGUGACGCUUGUGUAGGACUUUUUUUAAAAUUAAAAAUGAAAAAAUAAUUA